AUGAAUCGUUUGUGUAUUCUCGCAGGCCUGUCAUGGCUGCUCCCAACUGCCCGAGCUCAGCCAGGUCCAUUUGAGUCAUGCCCUAUCCGCUGUAGCAAAGCAGGGCAAGAUUCUUCAGAUUGGACACACCUCCAUGGCAAGGUUGCUUUAACACGCUGUCCCAAGGCUACUCUAUUCGACCUAGCCAUCUAUACCCCAGUCGAAGACCCAGACUCUCAUAUUACGUUUCGCGCUUGUACCGCAGAAGAUACAAGCACUGAGCAAACAGCAAGUCACAACUCAAGUCCAUUCAUUUUCAGUGAGCCACAAGAACAACGGCAAUCGGAAGAGAUGCUCUCAACCCUUGGGUGCCUCGCUGGUACCGAGACUUUCCGGAACACAACGAAUGUCCAGCUUGUUGCGUGGCAUACCGCAGACGAUAAGUUGGCAUCGCGAGCAGAUGCAGUUGCCGCUGUCGAAACUAUAAACGGCUGGCUCAAAAACGAUGAAGACUGCCACUCCAGUAUCAUGUUCGCCCGGGCCGGCCAAGCGGUCAUCGGCUUGUAUGUUGGCGACGAGAUUCACAAGCCAAGUGCAUCCGGAGUGGUCAAAAGGUUCAUUGCUACUCUGAAGAACGAUGCAACAAGCUUAUCCAGCCGAUUUGCGGCCCAGCUAUGUCAGGAGAAGACUCCGAGAACAUGGUCGAUGGGGAUCUUUGCCGACCUCUCGGGGAACAUAUCUGCCGCUCAGGAGGCUGUUCGCAACUGGCAUAGCGCCGAGUGUCUCAAGGGGGCAGACAGUACUGAAAUCUGGAAAGACCUGGAGAUCAGCAUGGUCAAAGCUGCCGAUGUCCCAACCAACCACGAGCUCUCAAGUGGUUUCGAGAAAAAGAGCGAGCCGCUCAAGGAGCGGUCAUCGGCCCACGCGCUGGUCACUCGCGCAGACUGCAAGGCCAUACAAGUUGUCGCUGGGGAUGGGUGUUAUUCCCUCGCCAAGCGGUGCGGGAUUUCCCAAGAUAAACUGAAGAGUUUCAAUAGCAAAACGGACAAGCUUUGCGACAUCAACACUCUCAAGGCAGGCCAAUGGGUCUGUUGUUCCAAGGGCGACCUCCCUGAUUUCUCGCCAAAGCAGAACAAGGAUGGGACCUGUGCUACGUAUACCAUCACGUCUGUGGACAUCUGUUGGAAUAUGAUGGAGAAGUAUUAUCUCACAGAGAAAAAGCUAAACGACUACAACAAGAACACAUGGGGCUGGGCCGGAUGCAAGAAUCUGCAGCAAGGCCAGAAGAUCUGUCUCUCCAAGGGAGAUCCGCCCAUGCCGAAUUCCAUUCCCAAUGCGAUAUGUGGCCCGCAGGUUCCGGGUACAAAGCGACCAAACAAGAAGACCCAGCUCAAGGAUCUCAAUCCCUGCCCUCUAAACGCCUGCUGCAACUUCUGGGGCCAGUGCGGCCUGACCAAUGACUUUUGCGUCGAGGCACCGGCCGACACCAAGGCGCCCGGAACCUCCAAACCGGGGAAGAACGGCUGCAUUGCCAGCUGUGGGAUGAAGAUCACCAACAACAAAGACCCUCCUUCUAGCUUUUCCAGCGUGGCCUACUUUGAAGCAUGGAACAAGGAGCGCAAGUGCCUUCACAUGGAUGUAACGGACAUCAAGAGUAGCGAGCAUACCCACAUUCAUUUCGCCUUUGGCCUGGUGACUCCCGACUUCAAAGUUGAUGUCAGCAAGGUCAAGACGCAGUUUGACAAGCUCAAAAAGAUGAAGGGCAUCAAACGCAUUCUCUCCUUUGGCGGCUGGGCAUUCUCAACAGAAGCCCCGACGUACACGAUCUUCCGAGAUGGCGUUACGGCCGCCAAUCGAGCGGCAUUGGCAAGUAACGUGGUCGACUUUAUCAACAAGCACGACCUGGACGGUGUUGACUUCGACUGGGAAUACCCUGCCGCUCCGGACAUCCCCGGCAUACCACCAGGGAUUCUCCAAAACGGCAAAGACUACCUAGAGUUUCUGAAGUUGGUCAAACAGAAAUUGCCGAAAAAGUCAGUCUCAAUUGCCGCGCCAGCGUCUUACUGGUACCUGAAAGGAUUCCCGAUUAAAGAGAUAAGCGGCGUUGUCGACUACAUCGUCUAUAUGACGUACGAUCUCCACGGCCAGUGGGACUACGGAAACAAGUGGUCCAGUCCGGGAUGCGAGACGGGCAAUUGUCUCCGUUCACACAUCAACAUCACCGAGACGGAACUCGCACUUGCCAUGGUGACAAAGGCCGGAGUCCCCGCCAAGAAGGUAUUUGUGGGCAUCUCGAGCUACGGCAGAUCUUUCAAGAUGGCGAAACCCAGCUGCACCGGACCUAUGUGCAAGUUCACGGGCUCGGCGACGCACUCUAAUGCAGAGCCUGGCCAGUGCACCAAUACUAGCGGAUACAUAGCAGCUGCCGAGAUCAGAGAACUUCUAUUUCAAGGCGAAGAGUCAGAGUACACUGGCACGACAGUCAAGACGUUUUACGACACCUCGUCCAAGUCCGAUAUCGUGGUGUACAAUGGCGACAAUUGGGUGGCCUGGAUGACCGACAAGACAAAGAAAGACCGCAUCAAAUGGAUAAAAGGGCUCAAUUUUGGUGGCACCUCCGACUGGGCUGUCGAUCUCGAUAAGGAUUACGGAUCAACUAAAGUCGGCGAAUCCGAGCCGGAUGACCAAGAAGGCCAGACCUGCAACCUAUCGAAGACCUUUGACAGUCUCGAAGCCUUGGAAAAGAGCGCAGCGAGUAUACAGCCAGGUUGCAAGGCCAUACACACUCUCAUCGUGCUACAGAAGAUGAUGGACAAAGCCUUGGACAAGUACAGCGACGUCAAUAAUGGCUACGAUAGCAAGUUCAAGUCGUAUCGCAAGUACAUGAAUGAUGCUCUGCCGGUACAGCUGCGCAAUUGGAUGUACUUUACUAAUGGCCCAGGCCAAAAGUACUUCGACUGCAAGUUUAAGGGCAACGGCAACACGUAUGAAGGGCCUUGCCCGGUGCCCAGGGAUGUCAGAGGGGGUCUCAUGUCGGGCAUCUGGGACCUCAAGUACACGCUCAAGGACAAGAAAGGCUUCCGAAAGGCCCUGCUGGACGAUCUCGGAAUCGACCCUUCGUGGAUCGAGUUUGGGGGGAGCAAGGAGAAAACUGAAUGCCAGCAGCUUGAUCAUCCAACAUUAUGCAACAGCUUGGAUCUUUCAAUCCAUGGCCAGCCCAAGCUCAAAAAGGACUUUCAGAUGCCCGAUCCCAAGGACAUCAUCAAGGAUGCUCUGCGUGGUAUCAAAGACCUCCGUAUCAGCCUCGGUGCCGCUAUGGCGGACAUCGGCCUGGGUCUGUGGAAAGGAAGCAAUGAAGAGGUGGUCUCGGUCCUGUCUAUGCCAGUCUUCCUCCUCGUGCAGGCCGUAGAGGCGAUGGAAGACGCCAAAGACAUUGGCGAGGAGAUCCAGGAACAGGAGGAGAGAAACCGGAUUCUGACCAUCAUCACGGCGGUGCUCUUCUUCGUGCCUUUCGUCGGCGAGUUGACCGCCGCGGCGGCAGGCAUGGCAGGUCUUGCCCGAGCCUUCGCUAUAGGCAGCUUGGGCGCCGACGCGGCGCUGUCGAUAGUCGAUAUCGUCAAGGACCCGUCCACAGCGCCCAUGGCUAUUGCGGGGAUGCUACUUGGUGGGCGGAUUAGAAGCCCGAAGGAGUACCGAGAAGCCUUUGACCUCCGCAGCAAGAUGAAGCCGGAAGAUGUGACCAAGGUGGGCGAGAUCUACAAGAAGAAUGAAGAUACCUUGAAGAAAAUCAUCCAAGCUUGCGCGUUCCCCAACGCCGACACACUCGACGUGAAGCAGAGCAAGGCGGCCCUCGCGCGUCUCUGCAGAGCGUCCAAGCAGUGCACCCGAAUAGCACAGCCAAUCCUCUAUCACUACUAUGCGACAGGGAACCUUCCCUCGCAGCAGGACUUGGGCCUGCCCGACGACCACCACAGCCUAUGCUCCGAGGACGAUAAGCUGCCUGCGUUUCUGCGCACAGUCAUUGACCGUCCCGACCUGGCGCAGCUGGUCCUGACGAUGCAGCUAGUAGGCUCUGACAACAUCUCCGGCUGCACAGAUAAGCUGGUCCGGAUAUUCGAAAGAGCCAGCGAUCAACUCGGUAUGGACUAUCCUCCCAAGGAGUUCUGGCUGCAGGACGUCCUGGGCUCGCGGGAAGACUACCUCGAGGAGCAUGGCGACCUACACCCAGGGCGCUGCACGAUCCACCACUGGCUCGAGGAGCUCUGCAUCCUUCUGACGCCAAACGUCACAACACUGCUCCUCGCACGCAAUCUCCCCGGGCCGUUCGACCGCCUCAUUGAGGCCUACAACAACGGCCGAUCGGGUCCACUACUGCCGAGCCUGCGCACCUUGGCCCUGCGCACCCUCUCCUCGGCCGAAUGGAGGCCUGAUAACCCACGAGCUCUCUUCAAGAACGCCCCCAACCUGCAAACCUUCUAUUGCAUGCAGGCGGCCGUCACCGACGCCUAUCUGGAGCGCUUCCCGUCCUCAUACGGUGGUCUGCAUCUAUUUGAACGAGUCCGCACGCUGGUCCUUUCGAACCCUGACGACGGCGACCUGAUGGACGUUCUCGCCGCCCUCCCGGCCCUCGAGGAGCUAGAGUGCCUGUGGAUGGGCCGGGACUUCCCUACAUUUCCCGGCUAUGGGACCCUGCUGCGCGGAUGCCGCAGUCGCAAGGGCACCCCGCUGCGCUGCCUGCGCUGCGGCUGGGCGCCCAACAACUACGACGCAGAGUACCCGGCGCCGGAGCACUACGAGCUCGCGUUCGACGGGGAUCGCUACUCGACAGUGCGGCCGGAGGAGCUACUGCCGCUGGAUCAACUCGAAGAGCUGACAAUAGACCAGGCGGCUUUCCACUACGCCGGGUACGUCCGCCCGGGCGUCGAGGAGGACAAUGACGAGUCGGACUCGGGAAAUAGGCGGCUCGUGGACGUCCUGCCCCGGUCGCUGCGCGACCUGCACCUGAUCUACGUGUACCGGGACAUGACGGCGGACCUGGUGGAGUUGGCGAGGCAGUGCCUGGCCGGCACGUUUGCACACCUGCGGACGGUGCGUAUCAGUCUGACGGAGAGGCCGAAUCCGGCGCGGAUACCUGGGCUGGAGGAGAUGCGCAGUGCUGUGGAUGUGACCUUUGCGGACGGGCCGGUAAACAUCCUGUGGGGACCGACCAGCAUGAUAGGAGGGGAUCCGAUGAUGGUGAUGCCUGGAGGGACGGCGGGCGCGAAGCUGAUCGAGCCCCCGACGCUGAUACAUCAUUUGCCAGAUGGGGGUGCUGGGUAUGAUUUUGAGAGGACGAUGAGAGAGCGAGCGGAACGGAUAGAGGCCAUGCAGUGA